CGAGAAUCGGUAUCGGAACAAUUGGCGAAAAGUCAUAGAAAAUGUCACAUUUGCCUUUAGAUGCACGGGCCAUACUGCAGCACCUAAAUGAAUUAGGCUAUAGGAAUAUAACCGCCGAGCAACUCCGUGAAUUUCUGAAAGACUUGCGCAAGCUCAUCAAGUAUGAGGAGCGUCUGGCGGAGAACGCAAAGGAGGACAAUUUCAGCAGCCUGCAUAAGCGCAGCACCGCCAGCUCACGUGCCAAACUAACCGGAGACCGGGACAGGGACAAGGAUAAGGAUAAGGAGAACUCGGCUCCCGCUACCACGUCGUCAUCGUUAUUCGUGAAGGAGAAGGAGUUCAAGACUGAUCGGGAGGACACACGUUCGGAAGGUGGUGCUGGCUUCGAUGACCUGGCACGUCUCUUCCGCGAGAAGCUACUGAUGGAUGCCUCCAUUCCGCCGGUUGUUCCCAAGCAGAGCACGAAGCAGACCAUGGCCAAGUCGGAGCCAGUCAGCCGCAGGCGUAGCCGGAGCUCAUCGCGUUCCGGCAGGCAGCCACCGCCGUCUAGUGGCGAAUCGGAAGCCAAUGCUGGAGAACGUCCCAGGGCCCAAAGACGUCGCCGUAGCAGGUCUCGUGCUCGCAGUGCCAGUCGUGGAUCUUCAACAGGACGUCGCAAGAACCGAUACACUGAUCCGGUGGCACUUUACCAAUACUACCAGAAGGAGUGGGCCCACUUCCGAGGCCAAAUUCCCGGCGAGCUUCCCAAGCUGAGCUCCCGAUUCGGAGCCCGCCAUCGGCUGGAUCCGAAAUGAUGAUAAUUUUCAAGACAAUUCCUAUAGACACUCAUCGAUUCCACUAUUCUGUAUUUAUUUCGAUUCAUUCUUCAAAUUCAAAUAUAUGUUGGAAAAUUCUUAUUUGUAAA